UCUAUCAUGCCUGGUAAAACAAUAAACCCUCUUGUUGUUGGACGUGUGAUAGGAGAUGUUUUGGACCCCUUCACAAGCUCUAUCUCUAUGAGGGUUCUUUAUAACAAUAACAAAGAAGUCAUCAACAGUGGUGAGUUCAAACCUUCCCAAAUAAUAAACCAACCAAGAGUUGAUAUUGGUGGAGAUGACCUCAGGACCCUUUACACUCUGAUCAUGGUGGAUCCUGAUGCACCAAGCCCAAGUGACCCAAAUAUGAGGGAAUAUCUACACUGGUUGGUGACCAAUAUUCCAGCAACUACUGGAUCAGGGUUUGGACAAGAGAUUGUGAGCUACGAAAAUCCACGACCAACAUCAGGGAUUCAUCGUUUUGUUUUUGCCUUGUUUCACCAGCCUUGUAGGCAAACCAUACUUGCUCCUGGGUGGCGCCAAAACUUCAUUACUAGAGAUUUUGCAGAGGUUUAUAAUCUUGGAUUACCAGUUGCAGCUAUGUAUUUCCAUUGUCAACGAGAAAGUGGUUCCGGCGGAAGGAGGAUCAUGUAAUCUAAGUCCGGGUUUUAAAUUGCAGUUUACGAUGCAGAAUUAUUGCGGACAAAUACAAGUUGUUUGAUACGGCCAUAAUUGCGGUCACAACUGCAAAACACGUUUCAUUUCAACCGCAAUUUUAAACCCUGGUUUAAACGCCUUGCAAUUUAACAACGCCCUUCUUUUAAUAUAUACAUAUAUAGGUAUGAAUGCUUAUUCUACAGAAAAAAAAAAUACGCAAAUAAGAUGUAUCAUAGUACUUGAGGCAAAAAAAGUUAAUUAGUUGUUGCCUACUUGUAAUAUUGUGACAGUGCACUAGCUAGCUGUCUGUAUGAGUUAUUCUGUUAUUGGAAGCCUCUUUAAGCUUCCAAGUUGUAAGCUGGUAUCAAAAUCUGAGAGCUGAUUAUUAGAAGAAUAAAAAAGGGACCAUUCAAU